CGUAAACAAACGGGCACGUGCCGUCAUGUGGCCCGGGCGUCAGGAGGUCAGUCCCGCCGCUCACAUGAUCCCAUGCGCUCAUCGUCCCUCCUGAUCUGAUCUGACCUGCCCUGAGUCUUGAUUCUUGUUUUGUUCCGGUUCAGAAUCCUGUCUCAUCCUUUCUCUGUCUAUUCUGACUAUUCUAACUACAGACUCAUCUGUACUGUUUAUAUUCAUGGAGUAAUCAUCCUCCUUUGCCCUUCAUUCCAGCUCCAGGAUGAGAACGGGCUGUAGAUCAUCAUGACCGCCACCAGACCUUCAACUCAGACGCAGAUAUUCCCGGGGAAAGGACUGGGGUUCAUAACCCUCGGUGCGUCGCUACAUAAUGUCCUCAGUCGCGUCAAGUCCCAUCCCCAGACCUACCCCGCAAUCGACAUAGCGUACUCUCCCUCGGAUCCCAUCCAGAAGCCCGUAACACUGCAGCUGCCGUCCAACGGUCUCCGUUUGCGCUUCGACGGUCCUGACCAACGGCUACGUCUGAUCGAAGUUCUGGACUUCUCCAAGAUCACUCUUGUCUACAAGAGCCAGGAGGUACUGAAGGGAGUCAAGCCGCAGGAACAGCCGAUUUCACAGCAAGGGCCUAGUUUCCGACAUGUCUACAAUCGUCUCUUCGGUCCCUCCUACCCGGGCGAAUACAUACCUCCGACCAAUCAGUCCCCCUAUGGCACAUACGUGCUUUCAUACCCCGGGGUCUCAUUUUCGUUUCCCCUGCAGCAUUCCGCAUGGUCCGAUCAGUGCGACUUUGUAGCGUUGCUGUCCUCGUCGGCGGCGCUGCCGGCAACCUCGAUGGCCAUAUUCCAAGGCGCGUCGUGGCCUGAGGCUCGAAAUAAAUUAUUUACUCAGCAACCGCAGUAUCCUCGCUUUCCUGCGUUGGCCGGGAAGACUCGAGACGCGGUGCCGGAUGAGGUGGAAGAGUUCCUCAUCUUAGGUGCUGGCAAACUGGAAGCGGUUCGCCGAUCCACGCCGUCUUCCUAUAUCAGCCUAGCCGAAACCACACCGCAGGACCUGAUUGCUGACUUUGGUCCGCCCGACGCCAUCUACCGUAAGAAUGAUCGAAGAAUCUCGAUCCACCGUGCCGCUGGCGGUACCAAUGGCGACGAUCCUCUUCGCAUAAGCCCGUCUCCGGGCAGGGGAAUGGAUGUAACUGACAUCGAUCAUUCGUCCAACAGCGGCACGGAUGACUCGGAUGACGAAUUCUCUCAAAUCCACAACCUAGACCCCAUGUCGCUUCCCACUGAAUGUUUCUUCAAUUACUUCCACCAUGGCUUUGAUGCCUUCAUCUCGUACCCUACCACACCCGGGCCUGCGUUCCCCGGGUCCGCUCUCGCGGAUCCAUCUCCCCCAUCCCCCUCAACUAAUCUGGUCGUGACCAAGAUCGUUCUGCACGGCAAUGUGCCUGGGUCAUAUCCUUUCAACCGCCACCGCCGCAGUCGCUGGAAGGUCAACUUGAACCCCUCCAACCAAAUCAUCACCUCCGAAACCCGCUACGAUGAGAUCUCCGAGCGACUCCGAGGUGUUUGGAAAGGCUACUAUGCCAACUCUGCGGAAGAGCGAGCUCUGCAGAGGCCCAUGGUGCUGAACCGCGGUUGGGGCGACAGCCCUGAGAGUAGCGUGGAGUUUCUAGGCGGGUGGGAGGAAAGUACGGGCAAAGGUCACCGGACCGGCCAUGAUAACCACGACGGGGGACUGGGUAAUACGGAGUUAUUUGGUUUUCCUGGACUUCUUUUCGAGGUUCUGAAGAAUGGCGCUGUCAGCUGCUUGACCAUAUAUUGACACACUUAGAUUGCCGGCGUUAGGCAUUAUUGUAGUGAUUGCUUUCGGUUUAAUUUGUAUAUGCCAUUUAAUUAUACUACUCGGAAUAUCAAUUUGUCAUGUAUGAGUUCCUUUUUUGUCCGCAUGCUCCAAACAUUAGCUAAAGAUCCCCGGAUAGUUACUGAACGGGUGUUUAUAUAUAGAUCGGUCAAUGCAACCUUUCGAGUCUAUUCUUCACACAAUGUAUAUUUCUUUAAGCAUAUUGCCCA